AUGCCAAAUAAAAAAAGGCUAAAUCGUGAACGGUUCGAGCAGGAUCAUUCAGAAUCAGAAUGCUCCGACUCUAAUGAAGGACAAAUUAUUAGAAAAAAAAAGAAGCGUAUUGAAAAAAGUUUCAGAAAAGUGUGGCAAGACUCAUGGCUUAAACAAUAUCCAUGGGCACAGAAAAUUGAAGGAAACCCAACUAAAUUAAAAUGCACUUGCUGUAGCCAUGGAAAAUAUGGUGACAAAAUUAUUAAUUGUGGGGCAAGUGAACUAGAAAAACAUAAUGCUGGUAAAAAGCAUCAAAAGUUUGCUGCUGCACUUAAAAACACACAAACUCUAGAGGCGUUUUCACGUCAAGAAGAAGAUCCAGAAGUUCAAAAAGUAAAAGUAUUUGAAAUUAAACUGUCAGCUUUUUUUGCUGAGCAUAACGUAGCUACUUCUUUAAUAGACCCUCUGAUAGAACUCUUAAAAAAUAAUAUUACUGAUUCGAAAAUAAUUAAAAAAGUUACUUUAAAACGCACAAAAUGCACACAAUUUCAAAGCAAUAAGAUAUUAAUUCACUCUCUUUAUGAUAACUGCAUGACUUUAAUAAAAGAGGUGCUUUCUAAUUUUAUUAAAACCAAAGUCAUUGAGACAGAAAGUUGUCUUACAAUAAAUGUAAAAAAUCCAGCUUUUUUUUUAACAACUGAUAAAGUUUUUGUGGAACAAGAAUGUGAAGAAAUUUUAAUCCAACUAUCAACAGCAGAAAAUGAAACUUUUAAAGUAACCUGUAUAAAAUUUUAUCAAAAAGCUGCCGAGGAAAUUCAAAAACGAUUCCUUUUGUUCAGAAAUUAUGAAUUUUUAAAAACUCUAAAAUUUCUUGAUCCGCAGAUUGCUUUAGGUGGUGAAGAAAGAAACAAAUAUUUGCCACAAUUGGCAAAAAUUGCAGAACAAUUUAAAAAUAAUGUAAAAGACGUGGAUUUUUCAGAAAUUGAAUAUGAGUGGAAAAAGCUUCCACUGUUUUUGAGUGAGGAAGCAAAAGAAAAAAUGCUCCAAAUGGAAGUGGAUGAAUUUUAGAAAGAAGUAUCCUUGCUUAAAAAUUAUAGCGGGAAUUUUUCUUUCCUGAAUUUGUUCAAAUUCCCUUUUUCUUUCGCUUCCCCACUCAAAUGCUGAGGCAGAAAGAAUUUUUUCUUAUGUCACUGAUAUAAAGAUUAAGAAAAGAAAUCGUUUAUCGAACCAUGUUUUAAAUGCGAUGUGUUGCAUUAGAAGUUCAUUUCACACAAAAAAUAUAAACGCUAUAACUUUUGAUGUAACAAAACCCUAUUUAGAUUUACAUAAUAAAAAUAUGUAUUCCUUUAAAGAUUAAAACAAUGGCCAUAUUAAUAAAAAAGGAUAUGCUUAUACUUACAAAAUAUGAAGGAAAUCCUUAAGCUUUUAUAUACAUAUAAUCAUUAAUACAAGCUGAAUGAUUUCCUUCAUAUUUUGCAAGUAUAAGCAUAUCCUUUUUUAUUAAUAAUUGUUUUAUAUUUUUCAUGUAUUUAUGUAUUAAUACACGUUGUUUUUUAAUAAACAUCCUUACAAAAUUUUUAAAAUGGUGUCUAAUUUCUCUAAUAUUUAAAAAACGAGGAACGGCAUAUUUAAAAAAGCGUGGGAAAAAAGGGAAUUUUUGAACAUUUUCGAGGGAAAUU